AUGGAGAUUGUUAAAUUCGUCAUCACUACCAUCAUUUUUGCACUUUCCACCAUCUCAUCGUCUAAGGCCGCAACUACACCGCCGAGUGGGGGAGCAGGAGAUGCUCACUCUAAGCCGUGUAUACAGAAACUGGUUCCGUGUCAGCCGUAUCUUCACUCGGUGAUUCCUCCGCCUCCAGCGUCGUGUUGUAUGCCGUUGAAGGAGAUUGUCGAGACCGAUCUGAACUGUCUUUGCUCCGUCUUCAACAACGUUGACAUGCUUAGAUCGCUUAACCUAACUAAACAAAACGCGCUUGUGCUCCCUAAAGCUUGUGGCGCUAACGCUGAUGUGUCACAAUGCAAAGCCAGCACUGGCACUACUACGCCUACGACUUCGCCGGGAACUACUAAAACUCCUCCGGCAUCUCCAGCUGAAAGCGGCUCAACCGGAGCUUCAGGUUCUUCAACGGCCAAACCAUCAAACUCGGCUCCGGCCAUCAACUUCGCGGGACUUAGCUUCACCUCCGCUUUUGUGGCAUUGGCAACAAUCUUCUUCUGA